AUGGUCCUCGUCGUGCUUGGCACUUCCCUUGUUCUCCAAGGCGUCGGUGUUGCGUUCGUUCGGUUUGGCGUUCCGAGUUUGCACGAGACACGCGAGGUCGAGAUUUUUGCGCUCUUUCCGCGCCUUCUCGUGCUCGCACCACCCGCUUGUCGUGCACGGCGCGCGCAAGCGCCCAAGGACGAUGAGAUGGUGCGGACGGCGCAUGACCACGUCGACGACCUUUUUCACGCGGCGCCGGGUCUCACGGAUGCAUACCUCGAGACCGAGCCCAACGCCGCAUCGCGCCUUGGCGCACACGCUCCUCUUGAGCAACUCAUUCAGUCGCACGUGGCCACGACGCUCGAGACACCAGCAAUUACCAACGUUUAA